UUUUUUUUUCUCUUCCUUUCUUUAACAGGUACCCAGUCAAGGUCAACAAGACCCAAUCAAUUACAGCCAAACAUUGACGGCCUCGUCAUUCUUUCGCGAGCGAAUACCUUCACCAUUCAAUCCUUCAUUUUCUUCACCUUGUCACCAUCUUACACCUUCUUCUAUUUACCAUUUUAUCCACGUCAACAUCCAUCAAUUUUUAAAUCUCCUCACGAUGAGCAGAUAUUUUCCGUAUCAAUCGACACAUCGAUAAUAACGAUUUCGCAUUUCCUUCAAAAGAAAAGAAAACCCCGAUUGCAUCAUUGAUUCGAUCGUGUACUCCUAAAAACUCUUACCGCAUCUCCUCCCAUCAUGUUUUCGGCUUCGCUCAGGGACGGCGUCGAAAACGCAUCUCACGCCCCAACGAUUACUCGUGGCAGACGACGUCAACGUCCCUUAAGCUCGGAAAACUCACCGCAGCAACCAAAAGCGAAGCGACAGAGAGUACCAUUGAAUGAACAGACCUUCGUAAACCCGACUACUCCCCCGGAGACAUACGAAGUCAAGUCUACAAGAUCUUCCCUAGUCGAGCUGAAGCAAGACGGAAUUGAGGAAUCACCUGCAUCUAAGCAUGAGCUUAGUUUUCGAUCUAAGAAAGCUCGACCUAGCGAACGGUUUACCAAAGGGGAUGGUAGUACACUUCUGUCGACAAAUAUCGCGUUCGAUGUCAGAAAACUUCCAGCCCUUCCUGACCGAUUAAAGCUAGAUGCUACUAGUCUUCAGCAUGGCUCGGCCGAUAGUUCCACGGGCUAUGCGUUAAGCCUCUCUCACACGCAUGCCAUCGUAUGGCCUUACGCGACACCGACCCAGUCUCCCGAAUCUUUCACUUUUACGUUACCGUAUCCCUCGAAACACUCCACCGACCCCUUACCCCAGGGCGCGCUAGUUCCUCCAUCCGCUUCCUCUUCUGAACCAGGUCUGGUGGUUGUUAUGCCUACUAGUGGCAAGGUUACCUAUUGGGAAUCGAUAUCGAGCGCGACAACUUUAGACUUCAUGCAGCAACAGCGAAAUGGUAUCGAAGGAUCUAUUCAGGGCAUGUUCUCCGGAGAAGCAGUCAUUCAGAUAACUCAUGCUGAAUCUGCGGCCGGCUUCAUUCUGGCCUUUAGCAGUGGGCGCAUGGCUUACUUGAGUGUGCGGGAUACUCAUGGCCGCCCGAAAGUCUCUACACUGUUCUUGCGCACAAAUCUUGGUCCAUCUAGCAGCGGAUUCUUUGGCAGUAUUCGGCAUGCGCUUUCACAUUCCGCUCUCCAAGGUGAUAUCGCUGCUGUGCACUCGGAACGAUCUUCUAAACAGGGCGAAUGUACUGUCGUUGCUGCUACAUCAAAGGGUCGGCUUCAUUCGUGGAGAGUCCAUCGUGGUGGCCACCAUGACCUCCUAGCCGAGGUCGAUGCUCGCAGUACCAUCCUCGAAGCCGUUCAGCGAGUAGACAGAAUAAAUGCUAGGCUCCCCGCCGAGUCGCUGAGGAUACUUGAUUUCUGUUUCGUACCUCGAGGCCUAGAUCGAAGGUACAGCGAUAUGAACCAGCUCUUUGAAUCCCCCGAGUCCGAAGACCAGCAACAUAUUCUGCUUCUCGUGUCUUUAUCCAGCAAGCAAUCAUGGCGCUAUACGCUUCUUGAAGUUGUGUUAUCCACCGGCCUUUCUUCAGAGAACCCGAUCAACGUUGGCAUGGUUAGACCCUUAUCCGCCUAUUCCACUCCCCCAGACGCACAUGCUCUUGCGAAACCCCGACUCUAUCUUCCGCGACCGAACCUCAUUGCUUUCCUCGUAUUCGACCAUGCGGCCGUCGUAGCUUCGAUCGCCGUACCUCCCUUCUCACCUGAAUCCCAGAUCCUCGAAGACAACCAUCUUCUACCUGCGUCUUUCGAGGAUGUUGUCGACUUACGUACCGACCCUACACUUGAGAUUGUCGGCUCUGGAAUCGAAGAACCUAGGUCUCAUGGCUUCGGGGCUGGCGAUGGAAGAACGCCCCGCAUUAAGCCUAAGAAUCCAGCUGCUGUACUGAUGGUCCGAGGUGCAGGUACUCUGCGUAUUGCUUUGACAGAUGUGGAACGAUUCGCGAGCGAUAAGCCCCCGGAGGUCACAGCUAAGACGAAGCUCGAGCAAGCGGUGUUCUUUGGAGUGAAGGAGGAUAAUCCCCUCGUGUUUGAUGUACAACACGGCCUUCGCUUUACGGAUGCAGAAUAUGGCGCCGCCGCUCUAGAGUUGAGCCAGGAAAUCCUCACUUCCGCUGGCAAGCAUUUUUCGUCUUUGGCCGCACGGGUCGAUACCAAUAUUAAAGAACGCGUGCAGUACCUAGAGAAGAUUAUGUCACAAAUAGCGAGCCUGCGAGUUAACCUCGAUCGUGUUACGAAAUGGCAACUUCUCUGGAAUGCCGAGAAGCUACACGUUGCUAAUGUCCUUUGGCAUAAGCACGAAGACUUCACACACCUCCGACCAACGUCCUCUAAGAAAAGUAUCGUAGCCGAGAUUGUUGAGUAUAUCCGAUCCGAAGAGAAAUCGGAACCGAAUAUUGCGAAAGGCGAAGUCGAUGAAUUACGCCACUGGUUCAUUCGUGACGUCGACCGCAUGGAAAUAUUCAUCGCCUGGGCUUACGAAGUUAUAAAACACAACUCCAAGGCAAAUCUGGACCAAGCAUCUCUAACAUGCCUAAUAUAUGAGGCAGCUGAGAUUUAUAAUAGCGCAAUCCGAGAUGCCUUCACCUUCCGCGUAAAGAACCUUGAGCUUUACGGUCUGGCUAGUGAAAAGCUCGAGCACGGCAUUCUCGCCAACAACUACAAUGGACUGCCAACCCCUUGGACAUGCCAUCCCUUCAUCGCCAACAAUGUGAAGCGGCAGGUAGAGCUCUCUACUGAGUGGGUUAAACAACAUUGGACAUCAGAGUCCGAUGGUGAAAUCGCAUUAAUCCAAAGAACUCGUGAGCUUCUGCCACAAAUGACUGAAAUAUACCUUACCGUCGUUCAAGAACUAUCCCGAUCAUAUCUUUCCAGCGACGACCCCAAGAAAGCCGUCGAUGGCCAGAAAUAUGAGGCUAUCUAUGAGCAAGAUCGUCACGACAAGAUUGUUCUCCUCGCUCAGACAGAGAACUGGGAAGCCGGAAUCAGGAUUGCCGAGAGCCAUGAGUCUCUCCCCGCCCUUUCAGAGAUUUUAACUCGAGAAAUUGACGGGUUACGUCAUCAGCUUGAGACCGGCCUUUCUCCAGAACGAGUUGAGAAGAUAGAGUCGAAGAUGACCGCGAAAGAGGAACAGGUUCGAGAGUACUUCAGGACUUACGGUAAAGAGUUCGCCUUUCCCUUUUACGAGUAUCUUUUCACUACUUAUGGGGUAGACGCUCUUCUCGAAUAUGAUGGAGAUAAGAAGUUCAAGACGAUGUAUCUACGGACGAAGCCAGAAUUGGCCAAAGUCUCUUGGAUCAACGAUAUUAUCGGUGAAGAGGACAUUGACCAUGCUGCUGACACCCUUCUCGAUCUCGGCCUAGCACGUGAGCAGCAAGUCUGGAACAAAAAGAUUGAAUUAAGUCUUGGUAAGCUAGCUAGAAUGGCCGAAUCAUCCCGUCCUUCUAGCAAAGCAUCUAUGAGUAUCCAAGAAGCCAGCGUUAGCGGCACUACUGAGGAUGCACGAGUAGACGCCAUUGACAAGGAACUCACAAUUAUUGGUGUCCAAGACGACCUUUACAAUACCCAAAUUCGUCCGGUAUUCAGCGUGGCGCUCGAAGGAGAGGAGUUGAGCUUGGUUCAGGAGACAUUCGCGCUCAAGAUACCUAAGAAGUAUAAGAUCUUGUCGCAGAUCUUUGACGAUGCUCUACGACGACUCCUAGAUCACGAGGCUCUAGACCCACUCACGCUUAUUGACCUCCUCACUCUGAUUACUCUAUCCCCAGAAACAAGGGAGCAUAUGCCUGAUCAGUUCUUCCAAGCUAUCCUCGUGGCGCACAAUGGCCUAAACGGCGCAGAUCGCGUACAAGCUGAGCGGCUCAUAUGGCGACGAUGUUUCCUAAGAGAAGACUGGAUGCAACUUAACAACACAACCCUCAAGAACGACAAUGAUAUCGUGGAGGUCCUCGGUCAGACAGACCUUUUCCAAUUCUACUGCACGCUCUAUGCGAAUCAACAAAACGGCAUCGACAAGAGUAAUUAUCGACGAUUAUCGCCAGCUGAGGUUGCCGGGGUAUAUACGGAAACCCUCGACCGAAGAUUCGAGAAAAUGGAGAAGAGUUACCGAGAAAAGGUACUUGAAGUGAUGAGAUGGGAAGAUUCAACCCUCCUCAAGCACGUUGAGAAGCAUCGGUUGGAGCAAUGGGCGAAGGAAACGCGGAAGUAUGCUGAGGAGGCUGUCAACCAGCAGUAUGACGAGUCUACGGCAGCCGGAGCGGCACUCAACUCGCCCAGGCUGGGGACGGCGAAGAAACAAAGCAAGGAGUUUGAGGGUACGAAUGGACAAAAUGGUACACAUUGAAUACAUGGCAUCAAAAUUUAGGGUCCUCUCAAGGACAUAAUGCACCGGAGGAGCAAUGGAGUUGUGAGGUUCAUUUCUUGUACGAUACUGCAUUUGCUUGCCUGCGUUAUAUAAUCGCCGUAAGGCAAUGGGUCAAAGGAAAAGUUGGUGUGAAUAGGAGGGAUCUCUGCGGAGCAACUCCCGGCGUAGAGACCAGAACAGAAUACGAUACCUAGGCUUUUCCACGGGGCGGAGGCAAGAUUGAUUUGCUACUUCUCAAGACUACGAUUUUAUUAUGUAACCUUUA